CUUAAAAGGAGCAGUCUGUGCUGAAACCUGUUAUACACGGAGCAGUAAACUAGAAGACUGUCUUUGUACCAGAAACAGCAAAAGAUUGUUUCAAACUUGCGGACAUCAUGCCCAGAAACCUGCUGAAGAACCCCUGCGGUGAAGAUGGCCUCAAAUUCUGGGAGGUGACCAAUGGAGGGAACGGAUGGAGAGUGGAGGACAUGCCAGGGGAUGCCGGUCAUGACUUCUGUAAUAAGGAAGUGAAGAAGUAUUUUGCAACUUCUUUUGAAUGGUGUUCAAAGGAGCAGCUGAUUGAUCUGUCAGCUGAAGAUUACUCCUCAGAGCAACUGGACGCUCAGCCAGAGGUCACGGUGGAGGACUGGUGCUGCAGCAGAACAGACUGUGGCUGUGAGUACCAGCUGACUGUGACGUUGUUAGAUAAAUACCUCAAGGUCAUAGAGGACUUCAGACAAGACCAGGUGUUUUUGUACCCUGACGAGGAUGACUGCUCCUGGAAGCAGAUCAAACAUACUUUUUCUGGAUACGGUCCUGGCUUGCGCUUCAUCUUCUUUGAACAUAGAGGGAAAGACAACAUGUACUGGAAGGGUUGGUAUGGAGUUCGGGUGACUGGGAGCUCCGUUCCCAUCAAUCUGUAAACCCGGUUUAAUCUGGACAUAGAGAAAAGAAAGAACAUCAUGUGAGCUUUAGCUUGGAAGAAAAGAAGAUUUGCCUUAAAGCUCAAUUUAAUAAUCCUGCAUGCUGCUUUGCUCAGACCUGCAAAACUCAACCACAGCUUCUCAAACUGAAAGCUGUGGAGGAUGUGUUGAGAUCUGACCUGUUGGUUAAUGCCUCCACACUGUUAUUCAUCCUCCAUGGGAACUGUAAUGACAACAGAAAAGCUGUUUAACAUUUAAUAUGGAAGAACAUUUGACAAUAAAGAGCAAAUUAAAUACAGA